AUUAGCCACUGCGUAGUCCACUGGUCUUCCAUUUGGGAAACAAGGACCAAACAACCAUGAAGUUCUUCAUCUUUACCUGCCUUUUGGCUGUUUCUCUGGCACAUCAUGAGAUAGAGCACUCUUCCUUUUCCAGUGAGGAAUCUGCCAGCAUCUACCAAAAAGAAACUGCAAAUAAAAUAGAUACGAUGCAAUCUUCUAGCAGUUUAUCUAGUGAGGAAUCUGCUCAAGUAUCCACUGAAAACAAUGAACUGACUAAGGAAGAAAGGAUCUACUUAAAGCAGAUGGAAUCUACCAGCAUCUCCCAAGAAGAAUCUGCUGAAGUAUUCCCUGGGAUGAAAGCCAAUCAGUUUCUCCAGAAGUUCACUGUCCCCCAAUAUGUCCAGGCUGUUCCCCUUGUAGUCUAUGAACCUGUGGAAUCACAAUCAGGAAAACACCUACCCAUAUAUUCCCAUUUGGAAGAACGUGUAAGAUUCUUGAAUUAACUGCUGCAAUUUGAGCUUGAGUAUGACUAGAAAAAUAAUUCCUUUAUAAUUUCAUCUACCACAUCACCUCCUACUAUCAAUAUAUUUUGGCAUGCUUCUUGAAAAGUCAACAGUAUUGAGCCAAAAGAAGAUUGUGUGGAAUAUUUUCCAUAUUGGUUAUAAUCUUUUUAGUUUGCAUUAGAUAUGCCAGAUCUGGAUUGUGAUAUCAUAUUUACUGUAUUGAUGACUAAAUGAGGUCUUUUCUCCACUAUCUCUGAAAUAUAGAACUGUAUAUCACUUGCCAAAAACAUUAAAA